AUGCGCUCCCUGAUGGGGAAAUCCGAAACGGGGUGCAGACCAGGAACCCGAGAUGCUGGCAAGCGCGUUAGCCCCGACCUUCAUCCAAGGCAGCCUGUGCUGAGGUCAGCCCCUGGUCUCCAAGGCGCCCGCACUGCGAGCCCACCACGGCCCACCCUGUCCAACGGGAUCGCUAGCCAGGGCGUGCUCGUAGCCACGAGCCGCUUCGGCCAAGUGGAAAGGCGAGCCCGGCUGCAGGAGAAGCCAGGACUGCCGCUCUGCAGAAAGGUUUGCUACGCUGUUGGUGGCAUUCCCUACCAGAUGACAGGCAACGCCCUUGGAUUUUUCCUCCAAAUCUUCCUGUUGGAUGUCGUGCAGCUGGAGCCAUUCCAUGCCUCUUUGAUCAUUUUCCUGGGAAGAGCCUGGGAUGCGGUCACUGACCCUGCUCUUGGCUUCCUGGUCAGCAAGAGUCCAAGGAGAAAAUAUGGCAAGCUGGUGCCAUGGAUCGCAUGCUCCAUGCCGUUCGGGGUGCUCUGCUACUGCAUGCUGUGGUCCACCCUCUCGGAUGCCACCCCCGCCUCCCUGAAAUUCCUGUGGUACCUGUUCACCUACAGCUUCUUCCAGACUUGCAUGACUUGCUACCACGUGCCGUACUCUUCCCUGACAAUGUUCCUCGGAGGAACCCAGAAAGACCGUGACUCAGCCACUGCCUACAGAAUGGGGAUGGAGGUGUUCAGCACGCUCCUCGGGUCGGGAAUCCAGGGACAGAUUGUGGGCAGUUACCAUGCCCGCAUGAUGAAUGGCUGUUACAUGUCAAACGAGACCCUGCCCAACACCAGCAGCCACAGCCUCACGGCCUCUCUGGAGAACACGCGUAGGGCGUACGUGUUUGCAUCCCUGGUCCUGGGCUCAAUCUACUGCCUGUCCUGUCUGAUUCUCAUCUUUGGAGUCAGGGAGCAGCCUGGGCCCCUCAGCCCGCUGGGGAAGGUUGAGCUGCCCUUUGCCAGCUGCCUGAGGAUCAUCGUGAGACACAAACCCUACACCCAGCUGCUGUGUGGCUUUCUCUUCGCCUCCCUGGCCUUCCAGAUCACUCAGGGCGUCUUUGCCUUCUUCUGUACUCAUGCCGCAGGGCUGGCCGGGAAGUUCCAGCAUUUAGUGCUUAUCAUGUUGCUGCGGACUGAGAAGCCCGGCGAGGGGACAGCCGUGUCCCCAGCUCUCGUGGUGCCUGGAGAGGAGAGCUGGCUGGCACCUGAGGGUGGUCCUGAGCACCGUGUCCUGGUGACCAGGCUGAUGCACUUCCUCGCGCCUGGCAUCCGUGGCCACGGCUUUGCAGAGCUUUGCCGUAAGCUGAUCAUCCCGGCCCUGGUAGCCAUCACCCAGGUGAUGCACAACUUCCUGGCUUUCAUCUUCCUGGUGAUCAUGGCCGGCUGCAGCAUGGCUGUGCUCUACCUUUUGCCGUGGUCAAUGCUGCCGGAUGCAGUGGAUGACUUCAUGCUGAGGAACCCCAGCUGCCUCAACCUGGAGCCUCUCUUCUACUCGUUUUACGUCUUCUUCAACAAGUUUGCGGGUGGCCUUGCCGUGGGGAUAUCGACACUGAGCUUACAUUUUGCAGGUUACCGAGCUGGAGACUGCGCGUCCAACCCCGCCGUCACCCUCACCCUGCAGCUUCUCAUGGCCCCGGUCCCGAUAAGCCUGCUGCUCAUUGCCAUUGUCACCUUCUGCCUCCACCCCAUCGACGAGGAGAGGAGGAAGCAGAUGAGAGCAGAGAUGGAGGCAGUGGG